AUGGAGGAAGGUGGAGACACUGUGGACGCUCUGAAACUAUUUUCAAAGAGGAAAAAUACAUCAGAUGCCGACAAUAAGAGAGCUGAUGACACUGACUCGGUACCCAUCAGCAAAGCAUCACCCUCCAACCCAUAUCAGUACAAGAUGGACUAUCUAAGCAUGGGAACCUGCGUGAUUAUCAACAAUAAGAAUUUCAAGAAAAGCACAAAUAUGUCCACUCGUAAUGGGACAGACGUCGAUGCUGGUAUUGCUGGGAAGACAUUUUCUGAACUUGGUUAUAAGAUAAGAGUGGCCAAUGAUCUGACUGUGGACAAAAUGAUGGAUCUAUUGCAUCGUGUAUCCAAAGAGGACCACAGCAACAGUGCAUCAUUUGUGUGUGUGUUGUUAAGUCAUGGUGAUGAGGGUGUGAUUUAUGGAAUCGAUGGAUGUGAAAAGCUUGAAAACCUGACAAGGCCUUUCAAAGGACAUUAUUGCAAGAGUCUAGUGGGAAAACCAAAGCUGUUCUUCAUACAGGCUUGCCGUGGCGCAGAACUGGAUGGAGGGAUCCAAACCGACAGUGUAGGGGAACAAACAUCGGAUAAAAUACCUGUUGAGGCUGACUUCUUGUAUGCCUAUUCUACAGCUCCAGGCUAUUACUCUUGGAGGAACACGCAAAAUGGCUCCUGGUUCAUGCAGGCAUUGUGUGAGAUGUUGCAGCGUUUCAAAGGGGAAUUGGAACUAAUGCAGAUCAUGACUCGAGUCAACCACAAGGUGGCAACACACUUCGAAUCCAACUCCAACCUCCCUGGGUUUACUGGCAAGAAGCAGAUUCCAUGCAUUGUCUCAAUGUUGACCAAAGAUUUUUACUUUCCAAAAUAA